AUGGCCAUCGCAAAGCCAAACUUCGGUGUUUAUACACCGCUAGUGACCUUUUUCAAUGAAGAUGAAUCCAUUGACUUCGAAAGCACACUUUGUCACGCAAAACGCAUGGCAGAUGGAGGUGUUGCCGGCCUCGUCCUUCAAGGAAGCAAUGGAGAAGCCCCUCAUUUAGAUCACGAGGAACGCAAAACGCUAGUUCAUGCAGUGCGAAAUCAUCUUAAUAGCCUGGGCUAUUUGAAGCUUCAUUUGAUUGUUGGAUGCGGUGCGGCCAGUGUGCGAGAAACACUAGUAUAUAUUUCCCAGGCGAAGGAAUCUGGUGCUGAGUAUGCCUUGGUUUUACCGCCAGCAUAUUGGGUUGCUGCAAUGAAUGCAUCGGUUAUUGAGGGAUUUUUCCGCGAUGUAGCAGCCAAAUCAGAACUUCCUGUAUUGAUAUACAAUUUCCCCGGCGUUACUGGAGGUAUCGACAUCAGCUCAGAUUCAAUCAUCCGUCUCGCCCAGGAAACCCCAAAGAUUAUUGGCUGUAAAUUAACCUGCGGCAAUGUUGGCAAAUUGCAACGCAUCUCAUCCACGCUCCCAGCGCAGUCGUUUUCUGCCUUUGGUGGCAAGUCGGACUUCUUCUUGCCUGCCUUAGUUGCAGGCUCAAACGGUAUCAUUGCUGCUCUGGCCAAUAUCGUACCCAAGGCUCAUGUUGAACUGCUGCGACUAUACGAAAAAGGAGAUCUGAAGGCUGCGCAACUACUGCAAACUAAACUGAGCCAUGCCGACUGGGCUCUAACUAAGGUGGGUAUUGCGGGCGUCAAGGCGAUUGUUUCUCACCACUUCGGAUAUGGAACGGGCCGAGGAAGACGGCCACUUGGAAAUUCCACAGUCGAGGCUUUGAGCAAGGAGAUCGUGUCCCCGAUACAGGAAGUCAUUGAUUUGGAGAAGAAGCUAUAA